AUGAAGGGAAGAAUUCAAAAGAGUAUGAGAAGACAAUCAUUUUCAUCACAUUCACUUCCAAUAAUUAUUUUAUUAUGUAUUCAACUAGCAUCGAUUUUUCUGUUCAGCAUUGGUUAUUUCCCCUCCAAAAAUAUCUUACAAGGUUAUAAUGGGUAUUCAGACCAGGAAAGAGCCUUGGGCCCACAUACAAAAAAAUUUGAUAAAUUGGUAUUUAUUAUAAUAGAUGCGUUAAGAAGUGACUUUUUAUAUUAUAAACCAAUGUCUAAUUUCACAAAUUUACAUAAGCUAUACAAUGAAGGCCAUGUUUGGGGAUUCACCGCAUAUAGUAACCCACCAACAGUUACUUUACCCAGAUUGAAGGGAAUAACCACUGGUUCCACGCCUAUUUUUUUGGAUGCGAUUUUAAAUGUUGCAGAAGAUGACUCUAGUUCCAACCUAAAGGAUCAAGAUUCUAUAAUCUGGCAGUUUUAUAAUAAUUUUAAUCACAACACUACUAAUGAUACUGCAAUCUCACCAGCAAGAAUAAAGUUUUUUGGGGAUGAUACAUGGUUGAAAUUGUUUGGUACCGACAGAUUUUUUACAGAGUUUGAUGGAACUAACUCAUUUUUCGUAAGCGAUUUCAUUGAAGUUGAUAAUAACGUGACCAGGCAUAUAGACGACAAUUUUGAUACAACACGGGAUUCCACAUGGGAUUUCAUCAUACUGCAUUACUUGGGAUUAGAUCAUAUUGGCCAUAAAGGGGGCGCUAAUUCGGUUCAUAUGCUACCUAAGCAGGGCGAAAUGGACGAAAUAAUUCAAAAAAUAUAUGAUAAAACGGAUGAAGAUACUUUAAUUGUAAUCAUGGGUGAUCAUGGAAUGAAUGACUUGGGUAAUCAUGGAGGUUCUUCAAAUGGUGAAACUUCGGCAGGGUUAUGCUUUGUAUCUAAAAGACCCAAUUUUGUUCCAGACAGCCAAAGAGGCUCUAAACACAACAUUCAUUUACCAAUCGAAAAAUACAAUGAAAAUUAUGCAUAUUUAGAUAAAGUUAGCCAAAUUGAUUUGGUUCCUACCAUUAUGUCACUAUUUGAUUUACCUAUCCCGAAAAAUAAUGUUGGUGUCAUAAUACCUCAGCUUUUGUCAUCUUUUAGUGAUUCGGAGAAAAAUUUUUACUUGAUGGAAAAUUACAAACAGCUAUGGAAAUUAUUUAACGGUGACAAACGUAUGAGCUUGUUGUAUAAUAUGAGUGAUACCAAGCUUUUAUCUGAAAUGUACAUUAUCCAAAAAAAUUUAAUGGAGCAGGCCACAGAAUAUAACUAUACGUUGUUAUAUCUCGGUUUAGUGUCAAUAUUUGUUUCCACAAUGUUUGUUAUUAUUUACAAUUAUCACAAUUUCCCCUCUAAUAGAUCAAACUUGAUUAUAACCUCAAGUAUAGGCUUGCUUUUAGGUAUUAGCACUUUUGGCAGUAGUUUUGUUGAAGAGGAGCAUCAAAUAUGGUGGUGGAUCACUGUACUAUAUUUUUCUACAAAUGUUUUCCUUUCUAAUAAUACUUAUUCUACCAGUGGUAAAAUUUUCCAAUUUUUAAUUACAUUUACAUGCCUAAGAUUAAUUAGAGGUUGGAAUAAUAGCGGUACUAAGUUUAGUUACGAAAAUGUUUUGUCGAAUAUUAUACCGUUUAACUUGUUAUGGUGUUUCAAUUUAGUCACCCUCGUAUCGCUUAUGCUACCACACAAACAUGAUUAUGUUGCAUUUACUGAGAUUUCUUUAUUAUCAAUAAUUUGUUUUAACUACAAAAUUUUUUGGAGUUUAAAGCAUGGUGAUUACAACACUAUUCCCGAUUAUUUUUCCAAUUUAGUAAAAUGUACUUUAUCCUUUAUAGACAUGGAUAUUGAUUCGGCACAAGACUUAAUUACUUUUGCUCGAUUGUUUUAUAAAAUUUGUGGUGCUUUGCUUGCAUUUAAUAGAAUAUAUUACCGUAAUGUGCCUGCAAAAAGACAUUUUAUCCAAAAAUAUAUUAUUACGAUAUUUUUAAUUUUACAAUCUGCACCACAGAAUAUACCAUUGUUUCUAAUAUUUGAAAUAUUGAAAUUUUGUUGCAGUAGUGGGUCUAUUGUAACUUUGCUAUUACAAUACUUGAGUUUUUUCCAAUUUGGCGGAACCAAUACUAUAGCCACAAUAAACUUAACCAAUGCAUAUAAUGGUAUUUCUAACGAUUAUAACAUCUACGUUGUUGGCUUUUUAAUGUUUGUAUCAAAUUUUGCACCUUCAAUUUAUUGGAAUGUAGCUAUUCCAUUGGAUAAAAAGGAAAAGAAUAUUUAUACAGAUUUGUUAAAUUCUUUAGGUUUUACUGGAAUAUAUGGUAUAUUCCUAUGCUUGUCAUGCUAUAUGAAUAGAUACCACUUGUUUGUUUGGAGUGUAUUUAGUCCCAAGUUAUGUUACUAUGUAGCAUAUUCUCUAUUUAUGAAUUUUAUCGUCAAGUUUUUAACGGUAGGUUGCAUUUUAUAA